AUGUAUUCCGAGUUUGGAACCAGCUCAGAAAAAAAUGCAGAUGCUUAUAUUAGCGAUAUUUCUGAGUCAGUUGCCAGAGUUUUAUACCAAGAAGAAGAAAGAAUCAAAAAAGAAAACUACUUAAGAGAAGAAAUUUUAAUAGGAAAUUAUUCACCUGAAAUUUUCAGAGAAUUUCUUAAGUUAAAGAAAAGGUCUGAUAUUGAUCUCUUAAGCAUGAAAGAGCUUACAGAUUGUCUAAAAGAGUUCAAAGAAAGCUACAACGAUCUAGAAAUUGAAUUCUCGAUGAAAAUCGAAGAGGAAACUAGCAGAACCAAAAGAAAGAAAGAUGGCGAGCAGCAAGAAAAAGAAAGAAAGAAUAUUGAAGAUUUCGAUGGAAAAGAAAUUGAAAACAUCACAGAAAAAGAUAUUUUAGCUGAGUGCAUUAAAGAAGACUUUUCUUCUGAUUCUGGGUCAGAAAUUUCAAGUCCCAGAAUGAAAAAAAGCCCAUCAAUAAAACCGUUUGAGCAUAGGACAAGCAAUAAUGAAUUCAUACUAACACUUGAUGGAAAAGAGCUUUUAAGUGAAGAUCAUUCAAUGAGUGAUAGUUUAAAUGACUCACUGCUUUCAGAGUCUUCGCAAAAUACUUUAAAAAGAGCUACUCUUGAGCAAGAGUUUUUAAGUCGAAUCAAAAAAACACAGAGCCCUAAAAUGUCACCGCAUAGACUUUCUCCUCCAGAAAUGUCAAUUGAUACAAAGGUCUCAAAAGAUAGAAAUUCCAAAGAAAUUUCUCCUUUACUGCUAGACUCAUCUUUGCUGGAUGCUGGAGUUUACUUGCACCAAGAUGUCUAUAAGAUUGAAUCAAUUAAAAUCCCAGAUAAUGAAUUAUCUAUGAAAACGUGCGAGGUUGUAAUAUCAGAGUAAGAUUUAUAUAGCCCUGAAAAAUCAAACGCAGUCUACUACACAAUAACAACAAUUCCGCUAGGUUGAGUAGUAAAACGCCACUUAAAUGAUUUUUCCUGGCUUAGAACCACAUUUGCGUUUUUAUAUUUAAGCUUCUCCUUCGUGAACUAAUAAAAAAUCUUGCAACCUAAAAUUGGAAAUUUUAUCAAUAUUUUGUUCCAAAUUGAAUGUGAGGGAGUUAGCAGAAGCUCACCCUUUUAGCUCGAACUUGUGAUUCAUAGGGACUUCUUUGCAAUAAUCUUAAACAAGCAUCGCUCCAGAUCUGCAAGAGAUCUUUACUGGAGGCAUUACCCCUCCUCACAAGUGAAUCCUGCUUGUGCUCCGCCUAAGAUCUCCAUUUCGGAAGACCAAAGAGGUAACAUCUUAAAAUUCUAAGGCUAGACGCUCACAUCUAUGCACUAUUUAUGCACUGGAGUAUUGUUGAUACUGGUGAAUAAUGGCUCACAAGGAAAAUCGAACCCAUAAAAAUAGCAUAUGCGAUAAUAUUGAAUUGCCCUCUAAGAGAACAAAUUCCGAACAUCGCCAUUUUAUUCUAUAUACGUUUUUUAUAUCCAGGUGUAUAUAUUCCUCCUCCUCUCCCUAAAAAAUGAACCGGAAAAGAUAAAGACGAUACUUUGGUUAAAGACCAAAGAUUUCUUCAGAGAUUUAUCAAUUCAGCUAUAUCUCAUCCAUUAUUAAAAAAAUCACCAUAUCUAUUUGAAUUCCUUAAAGAGCAAGAUUAUUCAUAUUUCGAGACCUUUAAAAAAGACUGUUCUAAAUUAAAAAGGCCUGAAUUCGUAGAAUUUUUCCCAACUUUGGAAGGUUUUUCAUAUUGCGAUGCAUCAAGUCCGAAGGAGUCCUCAAAAGAUAUUAGUGAUUUUAUUACGCUUUCCCAAACCUUACAAAAAAAAAUAAAAAGAAGAUCAAACAAGCUAGAAGAGCAGCUGACUGAAAUAUCGAUUUCUAUUAAUAAACUCUCGAAAACUAUAAAAAAAUUGCAGAAAGCACAAGAAUUAAUUUCUAAUAACAGAAAAAACUCUGAGUUGUUUAGACUGUUUAGCCAAACGAUGGCUGCAUGGGCUAAAUGCAAUAUAGAAAGAGUGAAAUCUGUAAAAGAACACAUGAGCUCCUUUUUCAAAUACACUUAUAAUGAAGUUCUCCCAAUUAAAGAUAUAAUCAAAGAAAAAGAAAUAAAUUUUCAAAAUUACUUAAAAGCCGAUAAAAAAAUCAAAAUUAAAAAAGAAAAAUUAUGAGCCCAAGGAGAUGUAAGCAAAUGGGAAAUAGAAUCAAGAGAACCGAUACAAAAUUUAAAUACUUUGCAAACAGACAAAGAACUAGCUUUCCAUAAGAUGCUCACCCAAGAAUCACAAAAAGUCCAGAAAUUGAAAGAUUUAUAUGCGUAUUACAAUUAUAAACUAAACGAAGAAAGUUUAUGAUUCAUCCCGUUCAAUGCAAAUCGGAACAUCAAAGAAUUCAGAGAAUUCGCUAAAAAGGAGAUUGCCGUCAUAUGGAAACUGAAACAGACUUGGGAAAGUUUUUCAGAAAAAUUGGCAAGGCUUGAAGACGACCAAUCCUUAUAA